UACAAUGAGUACUGUUGAGAAAUCAUUAGAUUUCAUGUGUUUGAACUAUGGUGGAGGGUUUAAGAAAGGGAAAUUGAAGCUGCCUCUUCCAUUUUAUGUGACAUAUAUGGACUCUUUACCCAGCAAACUCGUCUUGCAUGGUCCAUCUAAUGACCUCUGGCCUUGUACUUUUGACAAAGGUGAUCAUCGUCUUCAUGGUCUGGAAGAGUGGAUGGACCAUUAUAAAGUGAAUCCUUAUAAUGUAGUUCGUCUCUACUAUUUGGAUGGCCCUGAUUUUCGAUUUGAGAUUUAUACUCAGUUUGCUGUUGAAAUGAACUAUCCCGCCGUAACUUCAGUCCCUGCCAGUAAAAGAUCUGUGUAUGAGGUAGACAAACUUUGCUCUAAAUACCUUUUUAAUGGGUUUCGUAACUGUGUUUGCAAGUACAGUCUCUCAAUUGACCACAGUCACUUUGUUGAGGAAUCUUACCCCCAAGAUUUUGGUGAAUGACGCAUCUGAGAAGUUGGGGCUAGAUAAGUUUGUACCUUCCAUCAUACUGGGAUUUGGUAGUACUACGGGUUGUUGCUUGAACUACAUUAUUAUCAUAAAAAAUAGUGAAUUAAAACAUACAUUCGACAUAAAAUGAAACAUAAAGACAAUGCGCAUACCUCCUAAAUUUGUUAUAUUGCAGAGUGGUUGUCUAGAAUUCAAUGUGGGCAGAGGGGGAGUACGGAAUCCAUGUGUGGGACUGCCAUUGAAUACACCUAGAAAAAUAGGUAGAAAAAUUGACAAUUGCUUUACUCACACCAUUUCAUUUACGUUACAGCUUAAAAUUCAUAAAAUUAAAACACAAUGCACAUACUGCCUAAAUUUGUUAUGUUCGGGAGUGGUUGUCUAGAGUUGAAUAUGGACAGAGGGGGAGUAUGGAAUCCAAGUGAAUUAGCAACAACAGAAGUGGGACUGCCAUUCAACACACCUACACAAAUAGGUACAAAA